CGUGGCCCCGCCCCAUACGCCCCGCCCCGGUGGAGAGCGAGCAGGAAGAGCGGGUGGCUCCGCGGAUGCAGCGUUCGGAAAGCCAGAGCAGCUGAGUCCCACGUAAGCACCAGUGAGAGCUGCUUCCUGCCACCUGCAUACCUGGCCUUUAGGCUGCUCGGAAGCCAAUGAACCCCACGAACCCCAUGAAACCUGCCCUGCCCCCCGCACCACAUGGUGAUGGUCCAUUUGUUUAUGAGGCGGUGCCUUGGCAACAAAGUGCCACUCAGCCAGCAGGAUCGCUGUCUGUGGUCACGACCGUGUGGGGAGUUGGCAACGCGGCCCAGAGCCAGGUUUUGGGGAACCCCAUGGGCCCUGCAGGGAGCCCCCCUGGCAGCUCCAUGAUGCCUGGCAUAGCAGGCGGCAGCUCUGCCCUGAACUCCCCGCAGUGCCUCGGACAGCAGGCAUUUGGUGAGGCUGGCGCCAGCAAGGGCUACGUGCAGCCAGGGAUGUAUGGCCGCGGGGGUUACCCUGGGGGCCCGAGCUUCACCACUGGGUAUGCAGGUGGCCCGGGGGGACCAGGGGGCCUGGGCCUCCCCUCACAUCCCACACGACCCUCCACUGAUUUCACUCAAGCAGCAGCUGCUGCUGCCGUGGCUGCUGCUGCUGCCACCGCCACCGCCACGGCCACGGCCACCGUGGCCGCCCUGCAGGAGAAGCAGAGCCAGGAGCUGAGCCAGUACGGAGCGAUGGGGGCCGGACAGUCUUUUAACAGCCAGUUCCUACAGCACGGAGGUCCCCGGGGUCCCAGCGUCCCCAGCAGCAUGAACCCUGCCAGCGUGGGAGGGCUGAUGGGCCCCUCCAGCAUGAGCCCCAUGGGCAUGAACCCACCCCGGGCAGCAGGCAUGGCGUCCCUGUACGCAGGGCAGCGCCUGCCCCACGGGUACCCUGGGCCUCCCCAGGCCCAGCCACUGCCCCGGCAGGGGGUCAAGAGAGCCUACUCCAGUGAGGUAUAUCCAGGGCAGCAGUACCUGCCAGGAGGCCAGUAUACACCUGGGCCCGGGCAGCCCCCUGCCCCUUCCUCCUUCCCCGGGCACCGGCUGCCCCUGCAGCAGGGAGUAAGCCAGUCCCUGUCCACCUCGGGUCCCUCAGGACUGCACUACAAGCCCACAGAGCAGUUCAACGGGCAGGGCGCCAGCUUCAACGGGGGGAGCGUCAGCUACAGCCAGCCCGGCCUGAGUGGGCCGACCCGUUCCAUCCCUGGCUACCCCAGCUCCCCACUGCCGGGGAGCCCCACGCCACCCAUGACUCCCAGCAGCGGCGUCCCCUACAUAUCCACCAGCCAGGAGGUCAAGUCUCCCUUCCUGCCUGACCUCAAGCCCAGCGUGAGCUCCUUGCACUCAUCACCCCUGGGCAGUGGCCCCUGUGAUGAGCUGCGGCUGACCUUCCCCGUGCGGGACGGGGUGGUCUUGGAGCCCUUCCGCCUGCAGCACAACCUGGCUGUGAGCAACCACGCCUUCCAGCUCCGAGACUCCGUCUACAAGACCCUGAUGCUGAGGCCUGACCUGGAGCUGCAGUUCAAGUGCUACCACCAUGAGGACCGGCAGAUGAACACCAACUGGCCGGCCUCGGUGCAGGUCAGCGUCAACGCCACCCCACUCACCAUCGAGCGCGGCGACAACAAGACCUCUCACAAACCCCUGUACCUGAAGCACGUGUGCCAGCCGGGCCGCAACACCAUCCAGAUCACCGUCACGGCCUGUUGCUGCUCCCACCUCUUCGUGCUGCAGCUGGUGCACCGGCCCUCUGUCCGCUCAGUGCUGCAGGGUCUCCUCAAGAAGCGCCUCCUGCCUGCCGAGCACUGCAUCACCAAGAUAAAGCGGAACUUCAGCAGUGGCACCAUCCCCGGCACCCCUGGGCCCAAUGGAGAGGAUGGGGUGGAGCAGACGGCCAUCAAGGUGUCUCUCAAGUGCCCCAUCACCUUCCGCAGGAUCCAGCUCCCCGCCAGAGGUCAUGACUGUCGCCACAUACAGUGCUUCGACCUGGAGUCGUACCUACAGCUCAACUGUGAGCGGGGGACCUGGAGGUGCCCUGUGUGCAACAAGACAGCAUUGCUGGAGGGCCUGGAGGUGGACCAGUACAUGUUGGGCAUCCUCAUUUACAUUCAGAACUCCGACUAUGAGGAGAUCACCAUCGACCCCACGUGCAGCUGGAAGCCGGUGCCAGUGAAGCCCGAUGUUCAUGUCAAAGAGGAGCCGGACGGGCCGGUGCUGAAACGCUGUCGCACCGUGAGCCCCGCCCAUGUGCUCAUGCCCAGCGUGAUGGAGAUGAUAGCUGCCCUGGGCCCUGGUGCCGUCCCCUUCGCCCCCCUGCAGCCCCCCUCGGCCCCGGCCCCCGGCGACUACCCCAGCCAGGGUUCCAGCUUCCUGGGACCCGGGACCUUCCCUGACUCCUUCCCACCCACCACACCUAGCACCCCGACCCUUCCUGAGUUCACCCCAGGGCCACCUCCCAUCUCCUACCAGUCCGACAUUCCCAGCAGCCUCCUGACGCCAGAAAAGUCUGCCCCCUGCCUCCCCGGCCAGAUGGCACCAGCGGGUCACUUGGACCCGGCCCACAAUUCCGGGCCUCCGGGGCUGCAUGCCCCCAACCUUGGAGGUCCCCCAGGGCCCCAGCUGCACCAUCCAAACCCUCCUCCAGCGUCCCGGCAGCCCCUGGGCCCACUGAGCUCGGGUCCUGUAGGCGACCUGGCCUUCAACACUGCCACAGGCGUGAUGGGCCCCCCCAUGUCUGGCGCGGGCGAGGCCCCGGAACCAGCCCUAGACCUGCUGCCAGAACUGACCAACCCCGAUGAGCUGCUGUCCUACCUGGGCCCGCCUGACCUACCCACAAACAGCAAUGACGACCUGCUCUCUCUGUUUGAGAACAACUGAUCCUGUUGUCUCGGCCUGCUGGCGGGGACAUGCCCACAGAUGUCAC